AUUCUCAUCUUGAAUAAUUUUCCUCAAAGCAAGCAAGCUCCCCCUAUUCCAAUUUGAUUUGUAUACUUCUUCCCUUACUAUCAUGCACAUUUGAAGCUACAGUAAUAAAUGGUUACUAGUCUUUCUGUGAAAUGUAAAAUUUCUUCUGGAGUCUGGAAACUAAAAAAUUACCUGGAUUCUCCUCCUCUGGAAUGCUAACUUUAGUAGGAAUUUCCCUGAUGGAAAUGCACUGGAGUCUGGAGACUUUGUUGUCCUUACAACAGAGUUGUAACUGGUACAAGGAGACACAGUUACAGCUGACUAAGAGAAUCACUGUGCUUAGUUUAAGAUUUUCAUAAAGUUAAUGCUUAUUGAUAAUGACAUAAUUUAAUAACAGAGGGGAAUUAUGUAGUUAUGGCCUUGACAUAAUUUACAAGGCUGAGUAUAGUCUGUAUAUCUGAAAAAGGCUGCCUUCCCCUGAAAAAUUCUGGGAUAUUGCUGAGUGUAGACUUAAGAUAUUGAUUUGUGGCAUGCUUGGCCUUCAUGAGGCAGCUCCUGAUUGUGUAGGGCCUUCUUCCUGAAACCGUACCUGCUUCUUGCUGAAAUUUCAUGCAGUCUUCUCAUAAUAUUGUGGAAGGCAGGCAUAUGAAAGAAGUCUCUAACUGCACCUGUGUAAAAGAAGGACCCUCCUACUUACAUACCAAUACAGUUGGGGCCUUCUUUUGCACAUCUGCUUUUUUCAAGGUAAGCAUGUGAAAAAAGGCCCUGGCUGCACCACUCCUACAAAAGAUGGACCCUUCUUGCUGGGUUUUUCUGUUGUAAAGAAUGACCUGGCUAGCACACAGAAACCUUGGACAGGGUGUGAAUGGAGGCCCUGUCUGGAAUGCAAGUGAAAUAUCGGCACCAACAGAAAGAAGGCAAUGUGAAGAAGCCCCAGCUGAAACAGUAGUGCACCAGAGCAGUGUCUAGUCAUUAAUUAUGUCUGACAACGGAGAGCUCGAAGACAAGCCACCAGCUCCACCCGUUCGGAUGAGCAGUACUAUCUUCAGUUCAGGAGGAAAAGAUCCUUUAUCUGCUAAUCAUAGCUUGAAACCUCUGCCUUCGGUACCAGAAGAAAGAAAGCCUAGGAACAAAAUCAUCUCCAUUUUCUCUAGCACUGAAAAAGGGAGUAGGAAAAAGGAAAAAGAGAGACCUGAAAUCUCUCCUCCAUCAGAUUUUGAACAUACUAUUCAUGUUGGUUUUGAUGCAGUUACUGGGGAAUUCACUGGAAUGCCAGAGCAGUGGGCUAGGCUGCUACAGACGUCAAACAUCACAAAAUUAGAACAGAAAAAAAAUCCGCAGGCUGUAUUAGAUGUUUUGAAGUUCUAUGAUUCUAAAGACACAGCAAAACAGAAAUAUUUGAGUUUUUCUGCUCCAGAUAAGGAUGGAUUUCUUUCAGGAGCAAUAGCACCUAAUGCAAAAAGGUCAGAGCCCUCAACAGCAACUGAAGAGGAAGAGGAAGAUGAAGUGGCUCCUCCAGUUAUUGCUCCAAGACCAGAUCAUACAAAAUCGGUUUAUACACGAUCAGUAAUAGAUCCAAUCCCAGCACCAUCUGGCGAUCUAAGUGACAAUGCUAAAUUAGCUGAUAAACAGAAAAGGAAAAACAAGAUGUCAGAUGAAGAGAUCACAGAAAGAUUACGAACAAUUGUUAGUAUAGGAGACCCCAAGAAAAAAUAUACCAGAUAUGAAAAAAUAGGACAGGGGGCUUCUGGUACCGUUUUCAUUGCAAUAGAUGUUGCGACAGGACAGGAGGUUGCUAUAAAACAAAUAAAUCUACAGAAACAACCCAAAAAGGAGUUGAUUAUCAAUGAAAUUUUGGUAAUGAAAGAGCUGAAGAACCCAAACAUAGUCAAUUUUCUAGACAGUUACCUGGUUGGAGAUGAACUUUUUGUUGUAAUGGAGUAUCUGGCUGGUGGAUCCCUUACAGAUGUAGUUACAGAGACUUGUAUGGAUGAGGCGCAGAUUGCUGCUGUCUGCAGAGAGUGUUUGCAGGCAUUGGAAUUCCUACAUGCCAACCAGGUGAUUCACAGAGAUAUUAAAAGUGACAAUGUGCUUUUGGGAAUGGAUGGUUCAGUUAAGCUGACUGACUUUGGGUUUUGUGCUCAGAUAACUCCAGAGCAAAGCAAACGUAGUACAAUGGUUGGAACACCAUAUUGGAUGGCUCCUGAAGUGGUCACACGGAAGGCUUACGGCCCUAAGGUGGAUAUCUGGUCUCUAGGUAUUAUGGCUAUUGAAAUGGUUGAAGGUGAACCUCCCUAUCUCAAUGAAAACCCUUUGAGGGCAUUAUAUUUAAUAGCAACUAAUGGCACCCCCGAGCUGCAGAGCCCAGAGAAACUGACUCCAAUAUUCCGUGACUUUUUAAAUAGUUGUUUGGAAAUGGAUGUAGAGAAAAGAGGGUCAGCCAAAGAACUACUACAGCAUCCUUUCUUGAAACUGGCAAAACCUUUGUCAAGUUUGACACCAUUGAUUCUAGCGGCCAAAGAAGCCAUGAAGAGUAAUCGCUAGCAUUGCUGUUGUGGUCUUCAUCAUUCCUGGUUUUGUUUGUUUGUCUGCUUUGUUUUUUGUUUAAAUCUUCCUAUAAUAUACAAUUUGUUGCUCUUGUUAGAGAUGUUGAAAAUCUGCAGAAGGGAAAAAAUUCACCUCAGCUCUAAGAUACAAGAGAAGAAAAAUUGUGAUAAUAGUGAACUUUUCUGCAAGUCUUGAAGAAGUUGUAAACUGAAUCACUGGCCUUUUUACCACUUCUAUAGACAACUCAAUAUUUUGCUAUGCCAAUGAGUUGUUUUUCAGUGACUUUGCUGUACCACUUCCCAUCUGUGCUCUUAUUUGAACAUUUGCAAUACUUGAACAAUCGAUUCAAGCUUUUAGAGGGAGGUAUUACUGUAAUCUGCUGACCUUUUUUCACCUUAGGUUUCCUUUGCUAGGCAGUAAUUCAAAGCAUGGGAACGUUUGAGUUACUUAAGACAGAUAGAAAUGUGAAAGUUCCUCUUUCUCCUUUUAAUAUGCAGUUAGGUAUAACCCUUCUUACGUUAACCAUCCAGAUACCUGGGGACUGUAAUUAUUCAGUAACAGUUCUGAAACAAAGAACAGAAGACAGAGUGGAAAGAAAGGAACUCAGCACAACUGGAUGUAGAAAUUUGUGCAUGGACUUUGUAAAAUAAGGAAAAGGUGCCUCUGAAUGUUGGAGGGUCAAUGCCUGUUGGGUAAUGGGAAAAGUAUUUUCUUUUCAGUAAUGAAACCAUCCUUUGAGCUUGGGGAGAAACCCCCACUCCUAUGAAUUGUCUUCCAUUUGUUCCUUGCCUGUAUAGGCUGAUUGGUAACCUUUUAAAGGGAUGUCUUGGAAAAUGUGUUGUUUUAUAGCAAAGUGCUUUAUCCAUGUUCUGACUUGGGCUGUGGGCUACAUGCUGGUGCCUUCUGAUUUUUAAAAUUACCUUUCUUUGUAUUAAAUACAUUUUGUAUAUGUUGUACAUUUUCUCUCCAACACAAAUUUGAAAUUGUCAGGACUAAGUAUUAGAGGUUUCUUUCUUUAUAUAUAUAUAAAUAUAAAUAUAUUCAUACUAUUUCUACUAAUAAAAGACCCAGAAGAUUUGCAAAAGAUCCAAGAUUUUUAUAUGAUUCAGCAGACUAAAGCCUCAGAACACCGGAAGUGCUAUUUUAUACAGAUAGAAAUGGGAGAGUUUGUCUUGGUGAUUCUUUCUCUUGAAAAACUUUACUAUUAAGGAGAAAAACAAGAUAAAGUGCCUCUCAUAAUAAAAGAAACUGAUUAGAUUAAUAAAGUAAGCCAACAUCUGGUUAAAUGGGGCAAGAUUUGGAGUUUCACGUUGCUCAAAUUUAAAAUCACUGUAUUUUUUGUGACCUUGAUAGAACAUUUCUGAAUAAUAAUGUGCCAAAUAAUAAUGUAAGACAUUAUUUAAUUUGGUGCUACAGCUUUCUUGCAUUCCUAGAUAGUAUUUUUGGGAGAGCUUCUUAAAGUCCUAGUUAAGAGGCUGCAUCUUGUAGCUUUUCUCAUGGUCAGUGCUAAAUCCUUUUUCUAUUUGUGAACAAUAUUCAUAUAAGAAGAUCAUGAUGAAGGUAUUGUAAAAUGGCUGCUGGCCAUAUUCGAGGUUUUGAUCCACAGUAGUACAAAGGGCUCUAAUUGAUUUACACCUUGAAACUUUUUUGCUUUCUGAUUGAUACCAGCAAUGCCUUAUUAAUGCAACUAAAAACAAUGCCACACUUGUAUAUCCAUAUCUUGUCAAAAGUAUUACUCUGAAAAUCGUGUAACAAACCAGUCUAUUUAUUUUCAGAAUAUUUUGAAUGUGUUUUGGUUUGGUCCAAGAAGGUGUGAUGUCCUAGUCUGAGAUGUAUUUUUAAGUCCAGUUCAUUCUUUUAAAAAUGGCUUUCAAUGUUAAUACAGAAGUUAAAAUAAUUUUGAUCUUAUAUUGAUAAAUUUUUAAGACAUUAAAAAUUCCAGUUAAUUUAAUCUUUUAUUGGGUCUUUGUCUGUUGCUGGCAAUGGAAUAUGUAGAAAUGAAGGCUUCUGUGGAUAUGUAUGUUUUAGUGUUUUUUUUUAUAAUAGUAUGAAAAGAUAUUCUCUUCUGAAUACUUAAAAUUCUUAACAUUUAUUGUCACCUUAAUAAAUUGGAUUUUGGUAGAUAAUGAACUUAAUUUUAACCAUGUUUUUUAAAUUGCUCAAAGUUUCUUACAAUUGAAUUAACACAGGAGUUGAAAUACGUUGUACGCUUACUACUUUGCCUGAAGGUAUCCAAGUACUCCAAAUUGUGUCUAUUUGAUACUCUUAAAAUGUAAUAUACAGCUUAUAUAAUAAUCUAAUUUUUGUGCCCAUUGUUCAUUAAAAAGAUAGAAAUGAAUUGACGGGAACAUUCCAUUAGAUAAACAAAACAACGUUUUGUUUGUAAUUUGUAUACUUUGGAUUGGACAUAUGUUACUUUUUUCAGACACAGAAGUAGAAAUCUACCUUAAUCAGAUUUUCAGAAAUAAAAUGAAUAAAUAUUGGCUGCUUCAUUCAGUCAUGAGGUACAUAUUUCUGAAACAUAAUUAGUUUUGGUCAACUAAAAACAUUGAGCCAAAUUAAAAUUUAAAACUGUCCAUCUUAAAGCACACAAUACCUGCAAUUUGAUUUCCUAAAUCAAAAUACUGUUUUGUAUAGAUUGCUGAAGAGAGAGGAGAUUUUAAUUGGAUAAUUUUAUGCAUCAUUAAAACGUGGGUGACAAAAGUUCAUAAACAGAACUCAUCACUUCCAUCAAAUAAUUGAAUCACCUUUUGGAUCUUAGGCAAGAUUGUCAUGUAUGUUUGAUGGUGUGAUACUGUAAUGAGAAAACAUAUUUCAUUAAAGCAAGCUUAUCUGGAAUGAUGAGCUCUUAUUCGUCCCCCCUCCCACUUAGUACAAAUGUUUGCUUUGGGUUUGAGUCAUUCAUCAUUUGAAAUUGCAUCCAGUUAAGUGGUCAUCAUAUGCAUAUUCUGGAACAGUUUGGAGUCAAUUCACUUUUCUAUUGUAGUUGGAGUCAAUUAAGUGUUGAAGAAUUUGUUUUUGUAGCUGGAAUUAAUGGUUUCUUUAUUUGUUCCUUUGUCAGAUGGAGAUGGAAAUAAUGCAAGCUUUUAAUUUUUUUAAUUGUCCUCAAAUUUUGUAUAAUUUAAUCUCAUUCUGUUAUUUAAUGUUACCACAAUAUUAACUACUGUAUGUUUAAUGAUUCUUUCAGGGCUAGAAAUAAACAUUUUUAAAAUGA